AUGUGCAAGCUUGCUGAGGUGAAUCCUAGUGUCAACUCACCGUCUUAUGUUCCAAUACCAGAGAACUCAUGUAACGAUAAUUAUGCUCCUCUCUACAUCCUUGUGGUAGUUCUAUUUAUUGGCUUGCUAUUAGCUCCAACGAUGGCUAUAAUAGACAAAUUAGUCCUUCUGCAUCUACUCAAGCCCCUAAGAAUGCACCUCCUAGGACCCCAGCAUCUCAUUCUCCUAGACCAACUCUAA